UUGUUAUGGAUUAUGUAUAUCAUUCGAGCAACAAUGAGACCACGUUGAUCUCAUCGAACAAGGAACCGAAUAAUCAUGAAAACCUUGCUUCAAAUCAUGAUCAAGAAGACGGACCUAAUAACUUGUUUGGUCAAUUUUCUUCCCCUUUCCUUGAUGAUAUACUACAAAAUCACCAACAUCAUCUUACUAGUGAUCGGUGGAACACAAGGACGACAAAUAGCCCCACAAAUGAUCCUCCAACGUCGCCUGCUUCUAAAACAAAACGUGUAAGGAAGAAAAGAAGUGCCGGAAAGAAAGACAGACAUAGCAAGAUUCAUACGGCUCAAGGCCUCAGAGAUCGAAGAAUGAGGUUGUCCCUUCAUAUUGCUCGCAAGUUUUUUGGUCUUCAAGAUAUGUUAGGGUUUGACAAAGCAAGUAAAACUAUUGAAUGGCUCUUUUGCAAGUCCAAGAAAGCAAUUGAAGAAGUCACGGAAAGUGUUAACAAAUCACAAAACACUACUCGUAGCGUAAGUGGAGAGAAUUUAGAGAAGUGUGAUCAAUCUCCUUUAUCUGAUUGUGAAGAUGAUUCGGGGAUCGAGUUCAAUGAUGGUUCCAACAAAGGAAAGCAACCAAAGGUGGUUCAAGACGAGAUCAAAGAUAGUGGGACGUCGAGAAAGCUAUCAGAAAGUGAUAUCUUGGCAAGGGAAUCGAGGGACAAAGCAAGAGCUAGAGCAAGGGAGAGAACAAGAGGGAGAAUGAUGAUCAACAACCUUGAAAAAUUUAAACAAAUAUUUGGAGAAAACCCUAAUAAUAAUAAUGAUGAUGAUUUUGAUCAAUUGCAAUUAAGGUUUCCUACAAACCCUAAUAAUAAUCACUACAUAGAAGAAUCAUCAACUUCUCCCCUUGAGUAUUCCAAUACACAUCAUCACUACUUUGAUCACACACAAUUGGAUAAUAUUAAUGCUCAAAAAACCGAAGAUUAUUUGGGUUCAACUUCUGCUGCGAGUUCUUCAACGUAUAUUUCAGGAUAUAAUGGUUACAACAAUUAUAAGAACUUUGCCAAUCCACCUGCUGGUUGGUUAAAUACUAGCAACACUUUUUUGGGAUUUCUUGGAGGCUGGGAUUCAGAGAAUUUCGCCGAAAACUAUGGACUCUUUUCAAAUCUUGAUCAUCCCUCUACCGCUGAUAUUCAUGGCCAAAACCUUAGCUCGGUCCUUAUUCCCCCCUCUAAUGUUGUGCAUUACCAAACUGGAGACCAAAGAGAUUAAUUAAUUAAACAAGGUUCUACACUGGAACGUUUGGUAUAAUGUAUUCCGAUACGUAAGUCAACUGAUGGUUGGUUCUCAAUAUUGCGCUAAGUAUUUUUUGUUUAAAGCAUUCGAUUUA